UCUCUCUCUUUUUCUGUCUCACGUGGCACGCACACACAGAGACAUAACACAUACAUACACAAAUAUGCAUACAUGAACACAUAUACCUACAAUGUCUGUAUAUACCAUGUAUUAGUUUCGUUUCUCAUCUCAAUAUUUUUUCCAAGAUGUAGGGUCGUGCAGAAGGUGUUUUUUACAUGAUCAAGAGAAAGCCACGUAAUCAGAUUAAAAGUAAACAGAUCAGAUCAGUUCAGACGAACCAAGCAGAGAAGAACCUCCGGAGAGAGUCGCAGGGGCUUUGUGAUCGGCGAUCAACAAACAGUGAUCGACGAUCAAUGUUUUGCAGGAAUCAAUACGAAUCAAGAGUGAAGAAUGCAGAGCUUCAAACCUGGUGGAUCGGUAAAGUUCAAGUUUCAAGGCUCAGCGAUCGGUGAGGUUCCAUUCGCAAAGGCUGUGGAGUUCGAUUCACGGCGUGUCUGGACGAGGGACAGCCGCGGACGGCAGUUCGUGGCGAUUACAGUUUACAAAGACAGAGAGAGAGAUGCAGGUGGUUCGAUUCAGAUGGCGAUGGCGUGCCUACACGCUGGCCGUUCGACUCGGAGCCGUGUAGUUCAAUCUAUGACUCCCCGGAUCUGGAUUUUCCGGCCGCAGAGGACUCGGAUUCGUGCAGCUCUUCUUCAAUCGGGAGGAAAAGCGGAAGAAUAGCAACGUGUUCGUACAAAGGCCCUCGGAAUGGUGCAGCGGCUGCAGUGGCGAGGGCUGCGAACCCAGGUCUCACCCCUCUCUCUCAAAUGUGGAUUGGGAAGAAUUUCACUCUAUUCUUGCAGAUCUUGGAGGAAAUCCUUCAAGUAUAAGGAUCCAAAAAUGACUUGGCUGAUGAUGGCCUCCGCCCAACCUUCUGCCGUGUUUGAAAGGGUGAGGAGCGUGAUCUGUGCUUACCUUCGGAUUCGGGGUUUGGCGAUGUCGAGUCGGAGGUGCGACCACAAAUCAUGUUGCAGAGGCGUGAAGGGAAUUUUUAUUUUUAUUUUUUUCGCACCGCCAUUAAUCUCCUCUGAUCUUCCGGCCCUUCAAGUUGCAGUAUCUGGUUGUCUGUGUGGAGAUCAAAUUUUUUUUUAGGAAGCAGAGUAAAGUGUCUCUGUAAAGAGAUGGAACAAGAAGAAGACUAUUGAAAUCUUCCCUACAAGUCAAGGAAGUUUUAUUAUUAUUAUUGUUAUUAACAAAUUUUUU